AUGACAAUAUUUCAAGUGACUUUUAUAAUAUUAUUACUAUUUCUAGUAAAUAUUCAUUUUUCUAUUUCUACACCACCCUACCUAUUAUCAACAAUAAAUGAUAAGAAAAUAGAAAGUCAAUAUCCAAAUUGUCCAUUAGAAUGUGAAUGUGAAAAAAGAAUUUUACCAAAUAAGGAGGAAUAUUUUUCAGUUUAUUGUUUAAAUGGCAAUCUUACAAAUAAUGAUUUUUUUCAAAUAUUAAAAACACUUUCUAUCUCUACUAAUUCACUUGAAAUAAUAGCUCCACCUGAAUCUCCAAAUACCUUUCAAUGGUCAGAUAAUUUAAACAAGUUUAAAUUUUUAAAUAAAUUAUCAUUAAUUAAUUGCCAAAUUCCGGCUAUCUCUCAAUCAGUAUCUCUACCAAAACUAGAACAUUUAUCAUUAAGAAAUAACAAUAUUAAACAUAUUACUAUACAUUCCUUCUCAGGAUUACGUUCUUUAAAAUACCUAGACUUAUCUCAUAAUAAGAUAGCCAAUCUCCCUACAGGAGCCUUUAACUUUUUACGCCAAUUAACAGGAUUAUCAUUAGCACACAAUAAAUUAACUGACUUGGCAACUAAUCUACUAAAAGGACCAUACUCUUUAAGAAGUUUAGAAUUAGACGGAAAUGAGAUAAAAAUAAAAGAUUUAAAUAAAUUACUGAUAGAUGUCUCAGAAUUAGAAAGACUAGAAAUUAAUUAUUGUUUUCUUAAUGAUCAAACAAUUUCAAUGAUAGAUAUGUCAAUAAUUAAAAAAUUAAAAAGAAUAGGUAUUGCUGGUAAUAAUUUAACAUUUGUACCAACUAAUUUAUGGAAAAAAGUUCCUCAAUUAUUAGAAGUUGACUUAUCUUAUAAUGAAUUAGAAUACAUCCAACCAUGUGCUUUUUGUGGAGCUAACAUAACAAGAAUUUACCUUGGAGCUAAUCUUUUGGGAGCCAAGUCUGAUACACUUCAUCCAGAGGCUUUUGCUGAUACAAACUUGGUAGAGCUUGACUUGUCAGAUAACUUGCUAACUAAAUUUAACUCAAAAUCUUUAGGAUAUGCACAAAAUACAUUACAAAUAUUACAUCUUUCAGAUAACGAUCUAACAGAGAUAAGAGGAGAAUAUAUUCAUACAUUACCAAAACUUAAACAGUUACAUUUAGCUGAUAAUGGUAUAAAAGAAAUUCCUGAUAUUCUUUCUAAAGAUUAUUCACAACUACAAUUUUUAAAUUUAUCUGGUAAUGGUUUGUCAAGUUUCCCUGAAUCAAUUAGUUUUUUGUUUCCUUUAUUGAAAAGUUUAGAUAUCUCAAGAAAUAGAUUUAAUCUUAUACCUACUGAUAUUUUGUCUAACUUUUUUAAUCAAAUGGAACAGGUAUAUCUUUACGAUAACCCAUGGGAUUGUCGGUGUGCUAUAACAAACUUACAACAAUUUAUGUUACAAAGAAUGGCAUAUAGAAAUGUUUUAAAAUAUGACAAAACUUUAUGUUCACAACCAGAAUUAGUUAAAGGUUUACCAGUACAUACAGUUAUUGAUAUUAAUGAUUGUGGAAUUUUUCUUGGAUCUAAAUUUGGUUUUACUCAAGUUAAUGAAUUAGCUAUACUUUUACUAUUAGUAAUUGCUGUCUCAGUACUAUUUUCAUUACUUAUUCUUGUUUUUUAUUAUGGACGUGAAAGAAGACAUAAAGGAACUUACUUAACCAAAGAAGGAACACAUUCUGUAUUGAGUAGAUCAAUUAAUUCAUCUAUUGUUACAAGGACACCAACACCAGAAAAAGGUAGCUAUAAAGGUUUUGAUGAAAUGCUUAUUCCACCACCUCCACCCCCACCAGGAAAUUUAUAUUUACAUGGUUAUUAA